UGGGAGGCGGGCGCACGGCGAUGGCGUCACCUUCCGGCGCCGCCGCUUGGUUUCCCUGGCAACUGGCGCGGUCGGGGUUAGGGAGAUGCUUGCGAGGCGGCAGCGCGAUCCUCUCCAGGCCCUGAGGCGCCGCAAUCAGCAGCUGAAGCAACAGGUUGAUAGUUUGCUUUCUGAGAGCCAACUGAAAGAAGCUCUAGAACCCAAUAAAAGACAAGAUAUUUAUCAAAGAUGUAUCCAGUUAAAACAGGCAAUAGAUGAAAAUAAAAAUGUUCUUCAAAAAUUAAACAAAGCUGAUGAAACUGCACCUGUUGCAAACUAUAAUCAGAGAAAAGAAGAGGAGCAUAAUCUUUUGGACAAGCUUACCCACCAACUACAGGGUCUUGCUGUGACAAUAAGUAGAGGAAAUAUAACUGAAGUUGGGGCACCUACUGAAGAAGAAGAAAGUGAAAGUGAAGAAAGUGAAGACAGUGGUGAGGAGGAAGAAGAUGCAGAGGAGGAAGAAGAUGCAGAGGAGGAGGAAGGAGAUGCAGAGGAGGAAGAGGAAAAUGAAUCUCACAAGCAGUCAACCAGUGAAGAAUACAUUGCUGUUGGAAAUUUUACUGCUCAGCAAGUUGGAGAUCUUACAUUUAAGAAAGGGGAAAUUCUCUUUAUAAUUGAAAAAAAACCUGAUGGUUGGUGGAUAGCUAAGGAUGCCAAAGGAAAUGAAGGUCUCGUUCCCAGAACCUACCUGGAGCCUUAUAGUAAAGAAGAAGAAGAUCAAGAAUCAAGUGAAGAGGGCAGUGAAGAAGAUGUAGAGGUGGUGGAUGAAACAGCAGAUGGAGCAGAAGUUAAGCAAAGAACUGAUUCCCACUGGAGUGCUGUUCAAAAAGCGAUCUCAGAGCAGAUAAACACUGUCGAUGUGUUAACCACGAUGGGAGCUAUUCCUGCAGGGUUCAGGCCUUCCACACUCUCGCAGCUUCUGGAGGAAGGGAAUCAAUUUCGAGCAAGAUACUUCUUACAACCAGAGCUCAUGCCUUCUCAACUGGCCUUCAGAGAUCUAAUGUGGGAUGCUACAGAAGGCACUAUUAGGUCAAGACUGAGUCGUAUUUCAUUGAUUCUGACAUUAUGGAGCUGUAAAAUGAUUCCUCUUCCAGGAAUGAGCAUACAGGUUCUCAGCAGACAUGUACGCCUCUGUCUAUUUGAUGGUAAUAAGGUUCUGAGCAACAUUCAUACAGUCAGAGCCACAUGGCAAUCUAAAAAGCCCAAAACAUGGACCUUUUCUCCCCAGGUUACUCGCAUCUUGCCAUGUUUGCUUGAUGGUGAUUGCUUUAUCAGGUCCAAUUCUGUGUCUCCAGAUCUUGGAAUAUUAUUUGAACUUGGAAUUUCUUAUAUUCGCAAUUCAACUGGUGAAAGAGGAGAGUUAAGUUGUGGCUGGGUGUUUCUUAAACUUUUUGAUGCCAGUGGAGUUCCUAUUCCAUCAAAAACUUAUGAGCUCUUCUUGAAUGGUGGUACUCCUUAUGAAAAAGGUGUUGAUGUGGACCCUUCAGUAUCCAGAAGAGCACACGGCAGUGUUUUCUACCAGAUGAUGGCAAUGAGAAGGCAGCCGCAACUUCUAGUAAAACUGAGAUCUUUGAACAGAAGAUCAAGAAAUGUCCUAAGUCUACUUCCAGAAACAUUAAUUGGAAGUAUGUGUUCCAUUCACUUGUUGAUAUUUUAUCGACAAAUUCUUGGAGAUGUGCUCCUGAAAGACAGGAUGAGCUUACAAAGUACUGAUUUAAUCAGUCAUCCCAUGCUGGCCACCUUCCCCAUGCUCUUGGAGCAGCCUGAUGUGAUGGAUGCCCUCAGGAGUUCAUGGGCUGAAAAAGAAAGUAUGUUAAAAAGAUCAGAGAAGAGAGACAAAGAGUUCCUGAAGUCCACGUUUCUCCUGGUUUACCAUGACUGUGUGCUCCCACUUCUCCACUCCACACGCCUGCCCCCAUUCAAGUGGGCAGAAGAAGAGACUGAGGCUGCACGAUGGAAAAUUAUCACUGACUUCCUUAAGCAAAACCAAGAAAACCAGGGCGCCCUCCAAGCUCUGCUGUCACCAGAUGGAGUUCAUGAACCUUUUGACCUUUCAGAGCAGACCUAUGACUUCUUGGGUGAAAUGAGAAAGAACGCAGUGUGACAGUGACAGCCUCUAGCCCUCAGCUUCCAACAGAAUUGGAUGUAUCUUUCACGAUUACCUGAAUAAAAUGACAGAACCAAAAAUUGCUGUCACUUUACAACUUAGGCUUUACUCUUUUCUUUGUACAUACCCUAUUUUUAAAGAAAUGUUUAUGCAAUAAUUUAAAUAUUUUUGAAAACUAUUAGGAGUACUGUCAUUCUAAAUUUAAACCGAAUUUUUUUUUCAAAAAACUGGCUACUUAAUGGUAUAGGCUUCUGUAAAAGCAAGAUUUUGUCAAAAGCUAAAUUUAUGAUUAUU